AAAGAUGCCACUCUACCGGUCCCUAUUCCCUCUCCAUAUAUUUCACUUACCCUCUUUAAUUUACAUUAUAUAUAUCAUUUAUACAAACAGAUUCACGCUUCAUCCUCGUGAAUACGUACUUUUUUCUCUAAGACAAGAAAAAAAUGGUACAAUCCAAGAAGUUCAGAGGUGUUAGGCAGCGCCACUGGGGUUCUUGGGUGUCUGAAAUUCGCCACCCUUUACUGAAAAAGAGGGUGUGGCUUGGGACUUUUGAGACGGCGGAGGCGGCGGCGAGGGCCUACGACAAGGCUGCGAUUUUAAUGAGAGGAAGAAAUGCUAAAACAAACUUCCCAAUUAUGGACUGCGACGAAGAUAUAUCAUCUGCACCAUCAUUAUCAUCUUCUUCGUCCUCUUCCUCGUUUUCGUCUAUUCUGAGCGAGAAACUUCGCAAGGGGUGUAAAUCGACGUCCCCUUCUCUCACCUGCUUAAGGCUAGACACAGAGAAUAGUCAUAUUGGGGUGUGGCAAAUGCGGGCCGGACCACGUUCUGAU